AUGGAUCAAGCGUUGAUGGCGAUGUCCUUAGAAGAGGAGGAUAUACCGUUUACUCUCCCAGAUCUGCCAGAGUUCAGCUCUUGUGAAAGGAAUUAUCUUAGUCUGAUCGGAAGAAUUCUAAAUCCGAAGUGCCAAUCAGUAUCUGGAGUAGUAUUCGAUAUGCCAAGAAAAUGGCAGAAGGGUGAUAGAAUUAGAGGAAUUGCGCUGUCAAAGGAAAGAUUUCAGUUUAUCUUCCAGAAUGAACAUGAUCUAGAAGAUGUUUUGAAUAAGGGAUUUCAGACAUAUAACGACUGGGGUCUGAUAAUGGAGAGAUGGACCGAACAUCCUGCAGCAGAUUCACUUCAGUUUACUACUCUUUGGGUGCAGAUCCGGAAUAUCCCCAUUAACCAUUAUACGGCUCCUGCGAUUACGGCAAUUGGAGAGUUAGCUGGUCAAGUACUUCACGUAGCAUUUGAUCCGUCGCGAGCUCAAGGCAAAGAGUAUGUUAGAGUUCAAAUUCGUUUUGAUGUCUCCAAGCCUCUAAGGAAAUCAAAGGUGAUAGGUCUUCCCAACAAUAAAUCAGUAGAAAUCUUCUUUAACUACGAGAAAGUUCAAAAGAGAUGCUUUAAGUGCCAACGCUUAUCUCAUGAAGUUGACUUCUGUCCUAUUCUGAUAAAGAACCGAGAAGACACUGUGCUGGCUAGAAGAAUGGGAAUGGCCACUCCAAAGGCAAAUUCCCUUACUAUUCUUAAAGAAGCAGACCCACUGUUCAGUGUCUUAAGAGAAGAUCAAGUGGGCAUAAACCCCCUUUCUGGACGUCCCAGGAUUGCCCCAGAAGUGCUGGAAGGCAUGAGGCAAUAUCUCAUGUCUGCUAAUGGAGAAGAAAGAUCAUUUAAGGAAGAUAGAGUCAGGAAAACGGUUUGUGAAGCAGAAAAAUCCCCUUUCACCCAGAAAUCUACUCUCAGUCUAGAACCAAUUCCAAUCAUCUCCCAUAAUGUGGAUAUUGGUAAAGGUAGAACCUUUGGAUAUGAUUCUGCUGAAUCUUCAUCAAAAACAAUGCUGAUACAUGAAGAUGAGUCACCUACAGAGGUGUCGGCUCAGAGGAUUGUUGGUUUUUCAGGAAGGAAAGCUUACUCUGUUUCAGAUUCUAUUGAUUAUUAUAAUCAGGAUGCUACUGGUGUUUCUGUUCCCUUCUUGGCUAGUUCUUCGGUGAAUAGGAUAGGUUUCUCUGAAACUAGUCCUUCCGGCUCUAGCCAAAAGAAACAGAAACCAAGAAAGAGGCAGCAAAAAAGAGCAAGAUUACUAAAAGGCAAAGAUCUGUCAAAAUCGAUUGGGGAGGGCGUGAAGUCCAUUGGUCUGACUAUUGGAAAAGUGGAAAAGAGGAAAGCAAGGGAGGAUUUGGAUGGUGAACCCAGUGCUGUUAAGGCAAAAUCACUAAUGGGAUUGGGGCGGCCUCAAGAUCUGACAAUUCCUCGUCUCAUGGAAUUGCGUAAAAAACACUUUCCUGAGAUAAUGUUCUUGAUGGAAACGAUGAACUGUAAGGAUGUUAUUGUAGAUAUUCAAGUCUGGCUUGGUUAUGAGAAUGUAUAUGCUGUGGACCCUGUUGGAACCUGUGGUGGGUUAGCUUUGUUUUGGAAAAAGAGUGUAGAUAUAUCGGUGUACUAUGAGGAUAAGAAUCUAUUAGACUUAGCUGUACAGUUUGGAGAGUAUAGUUCUUUCCUUACCUGCGUUUAUGGGAAUCCCAAUUUCUGUUAUAGAUACCAAGUUUGGGAAAGACUGACAAGAUUUGGGUUAUCUAGAAAAGGAAACUGGUGUAUGAUUGGGGAUUUCAACGAGAUUUUAAACAAUGAAGAAAAACUCGGUGGUCCAAGAAGAAGUGAUAACUCUUUUCUACCAUUCUCUACCAUGCUUAAAGACUGUGGAAUGUCGGAGCUUCCUAGUUCUGGCAAUGGAUUCACUUGGGGAGGGCGUAGGGGAACCCACUGGAUACAAAGUAAGUUGGAUAGAUGCUUCGCUAAUAAGGACUGGGUGUCGUGUUUCCCUGCGGCUAAUCAAGCUUUUCUCCCCAAAAGAGGAUCUGACCACAGACCAAUAUUGGUAAGUCUUGUCUCUUCGCAAGAUUUAUACAGAGGAUCUUUUAGAUUUGACAAGAGAUUGCUACACAAGCCAGGAGUUAAAGAAGCGAUAAGCAUGGUAUGGAGGCAAUCUGCUAUUUCGGCUCCAGCUCCAGUUUCGCAGAGAAUUAGAGACUGUAGAAGAGUGCUUAGUAAGUGGAAGAAGGAGAAUGAGAUGAACUCAAAAGUUAAAAUCAUUGCCAUCCAAAACGAAUUGGAAUUGGUUCAGUCUUCUUCAGAUCCUUCUGCAUCCAGAUUAAGAUCUUUGAAAAACAAGUUGGUUGAAGCGAAUAAGGAAGAGGAAUCUCACUGGCAACAAAAGAGUAGAGACAAAUGGAUGCUUGAAGGAGACAGAAACACCAAAUUCUUCCAUGCUUCAGUUAAAAACUUGAGAUCUAAGAAUGGUUUGGAUAAGCUCCAAGAUCCAAAUGGCAUAGUGCACAGAUCAGAAGCCUCCAAAGGUGAAGUGGCGGCCAGUUAUUUUCAGAACCUCUUCUCCACUUCUUCUCCGGUCGAUAUUCAAGCAAUGCUAGAAGGUGUUACUCCCAGAGUUACUGAUGUGAUGAAUCAAUCGUUACUAGCUAAAGUAUCCAAAGAGGAAGUUAAAAAUGCAGUUUUCUCUAUCAAUCCAUCUAAAGCUCCUGGGGCUGAUGGGAUGACUGGUAUGUUUUUUCAACAAUACUGGGAUAUUGUCGGUCAUCAAGUCACUUCUGAGGUGUUGGCUUUCUUUGAUUCGGGUAUCUUUCCAAAAGAAUGGAACUUCACUCAGUUGUGCCUCAUACCAAAAAAGGUAAACUCUUCUCUAAUGAGUGAUCUAAGACCAAUUAGCCUCUGUUCUGUACUGUAUAAAGUGGUGGCCAAGAUUAUCAUGUCAAGACUCCAACCCCUUCUUUCUGAGAUAGUGUCGCCUAAUCAGUCUGCUUUUAUCCCGGAAAGGCUCAUCUCAGAUAAUAUUCUUAUUGCUCAUGAAGCCAUUCAUGGAUUGAGGACAGACAAAGUUAUCGCGAAGGAGUUUAUGGCUGUCAAAACCGAUAUGUCCAAAGCAUAUGAUAGAAUGGAGUGGAGUUACUUAGAAGCUUUGAUGUUGGGUCUCGGGUUUCAUCAACGGUGGGUGCAAUUGGUUAUGUUCUGUGUGACUUCAGUCACUUAUACUGUUUUGAUAAAUGGACAGCCUUUUGGUAUUAUCAAUCCUCAGAGAGGACUUAGACAGGGGGAUCCCUUAUCCCCUGCCCUGUUUGUGUUGUGUGCAGAAGGACUUACUCAUCUUCUCAACAAAGCGGAAUCAGAGGGUAAGAUUUAUGGUAUCCAAUUUUCGACAGAAGGUCCGGCUAUCCAUCACUUGCUAUUCGCAGACGACAGUCUGUUUAUGAUCAAAGCUUCAGAGGAUCAAGGUUGUGCCCUUCAAAAGAUCCUUUCUGAUUAUGGGGAGGUAACAGGACAAUUGAUUAAUCUGGAAAAGUCAUCAAUCACUUUUGGAGCCCAGGUAGAGCAGUCUUUAAAGACAAUGAUUGCAACUAGGUUGGGGAUUUUUAAAGAAGGAGGAGCAGGUACCUAUCUUGGCCUACCUGAGUGCUUUAGUGGAUCCAAAGUGGAGAUGUUAAGCUACAUUCAUGAUAGAAUGAAAGGUAGAAUGUCCGGUUGGUUUGCAAGGACCUUGUCCCAAGGAGGAAAAGAGAUUCUGCUCAAGUCGGUGGCUAUGGCAAUGCCAGUGUUCGCUAUGACCUGCUUCAAGCUCCCAAAGAAAACUUGUGAGAAUUUAUCUUCAGCUAUGUCAGCAUUUUGGUGGGAUUCAACAGAAAAUAAAAAGAAAAUGCAUUGGAUUUCAUGGGAAAAGCUUUGCUUACCAAAACAUGCGGGCGGACUGGGGUUCAAAGAUAUCCAAAUAUUCAAUCAGGCUCUUUUGUCUAAACAAGCUUGGAGAGUGCUGCAAGACAAGGAUUGCUUAUUUGCACGUUUUUUCAAAAGCAGGUAUUUUCCUGAUAGCGAUUUCCUUAGUGCAACUCUUGGCUAUAGACCCUCCUAUGCAUGGAGAAGUAUCCUUCAUGGAAGGGAUCUUCUAAAAAGAGGGCUCAGACAGAUGAUAGGAGAUGGAGCCUCAACCUUUGUAUGGUCAUCUAGGUGGGUGCUAGAUGGGAUCAUGAGAGCCCCUCUUAUGAAAAACAUUCUGUUUGAUCUGGAUCUUAUGGUGAAGGAUUUACUGGAUACCACUACUCAAUCUUGGGACUUGGCUAAGUUGCAAUAUCACUUUUACCCUAGGGAUGUGGAGCUAAUUCUCAAGAUCAAACCUGUUAUGUCUUCAGAGGAUUAUCUGAUUUGGGAACACACUAAGAGUGGUGCGUAUUCUGUCAAGUCUGGUUACUGGGCAGCUUAUCAGAGAGAAAAGAUUGAUCUACUAACAGAAGCUUUGAUGCAACCCUCAGUUUUACCCAUCAAGAAUCAGAUUUGGAAGAUCAGCACUGCUACCAAAAUCCGUAAUUUCUUGUGGAAAGUAGUGAGUGGAGCUAUUCCUGUUGCUGAUAAAAUGUUAUCGAGAGGGAUGAAGGUUGAUUCUAGAUGUCAAAGCUGUGGUUUGGAAGGGGAAUCAGUCAAUCAUGUACUAUUUUCUUGCACAGUUGCUAGACAGGUUUGGGCUAUGUUUAAUUUUCCUGUCCCAUGCAAUGGGUUUGAUUCUGAAUCAGUUUUCCAAAACAUCUAUUAUCUACUGUUGGUGAGCAAAAAUUCGAAAUAUCCUGUGGAAGUUAGAACAGCCUUCCCAUGGGUUUUAUGGCAGCUUUGGAAAAACAGGAACUUAUUCUCAUUUGAAGGCAGAAGUUUUUGUGCUUCUAGAACAAUAGCCAAGAUUAGAGAUAAUGCUUCCCAGUGGUUUCAUGUGCAGUCCUUAACCGCUGCAGAUGCGAUAAUUGAGAGGUCGAAAGCGGAUUUGGGGAAAAAAGGUUGGUAUCCUCCGGUCCAAGGAUGGAAAAAAUGCAACCUAGGAUCUUCAUGGGAUAAAGAAACGAGUACAGGAGGAGCUGCUUGGGUUUUAAGAAACAAGAAAGGGGAAACUCUUAUGCAUAGUCGAAGAUCCUUUGCUUCAGUUUUUAGCAAGAUGGAUGCUAGUCUUCUAUGUUGGUUAUGGGCAAUUGAAAGUAUGAAAAGUCUAAACUUUGAUAAGAUUGUUUUCGCUUCUGAGGAUUCGGCUCUUAUGGGAGCUAUUCAAAGACCUCCAGCUUGGCCUUCUUUCAAGUUUCAGUCACGCUCUGUAGGUAAUGCCCUGGGAAGUUUUUUGCAGUGGAAAAUAUGGUUAGAAGAAAGAAGCUCUAACCUUGUCACUCAUUUAAUCGCAAAGAGUGUUACAAGAGAGGAUCGCCGUCAAUCUUAUGUAGCAAUCGGAUAUCCUUUUUGGCUUCAUAACCUUUUUGUCUCUAAUUGUGCUUUUAUUCGUUUAUAG